AUUCUCUUGGCGCUCGUAAAAAUCAUUUAGUUCGGUGCGAGAGCUCCACUACGUAAAAACUGUUUCCUCAAGCUCAACGCUAAUCGCGAGCAACUGAGUCACUGCGGUGGUAUAAUGGUAGCGCGCUGCGAAAUAAAAUUCAAAGGCAAUCCCCUCGGUAUCUACCACGCCGGGCAAACAUUGUCCGGAAAGGUGGAGCUCCAUCUCGAUAAAGCAAUAUCUGUCAAUGGAUUCUACUUGAUCAUAUCCGGCUGUGCUGAAAUUGUAUGGUUCGAAAAUGAUAGCGAAGAUAAAAGAGAUACAUACAGAGGACAAGAGGAACUUCUGCAAGCAAAAGUUGCUUUGGUUGCCCCAAGCUCUGGAGGCGUAAUUGAGAUACCGGUAGGUACUCAUGUGUACAAGUUCCGCUGUGCACUUCCAGUGCAUUUGCCUACUUCGUUCGAGGGGAACUACGGAAAGAUUCGCUACACUGUUUGCGCUAUCUUGGAUCGACCGUGGAAGUUCAACCAAACAUGUAAGGUGGCGUUCACCGUGUUGAAGCUAGUAGAUCUCAAUCGGGAUCCUAUGCUGAGGCAACCGAAGCGUACAGAUGUAUCCAAAACAUUCUGUUGUUGGCCGUGCAAAUCACGUCCACUGUUGAUUACGGUAGAAAUACCGGCUUCGGGUUACGUUCCAGGACAGAAAAUCCCAAUCACAAAUACGUUGAAUAACGCUAGUAGUGUUGCCAUGCACGGCGUCCAAAGUAGUCUCGAUAGAACAGAGUGCUACCGCAGCGAAACACCGUGCGAGAAGACUAAAGUAAUAAGCAAAACUUUUGCAAGCGUGUCCACAGCGAUUAACAAUGACGUAUUUUCGCGAUUGCAACAACAGCUGGACAUUCCAUCCAUUGCACCCACCGGCAAUUGUAGCGUUCUGACCAUCGAUUACGAACUGAACGUAACAAUACAAGUCGAUAGCUGUCGCAUCAAUCCGAAGGUUAAGAUUCCCAUCAUCAUUGGAACAGUUCCCCUGGUGGCAACUGCGUCGUCGAAUAUCCCAUCGACUAACGCCGGUGCCCGCUAUGGAUCGUUUGACGAAUGUCAACCUCCAACGGCCCCACUGUUGCAAGAUAUUGAUGCGCCACCUCCGAGUUACCAGGAAGCAAUCCACGGAACAGCAAUAGAUGUAAACGAUGAUCCACAUGCCAUCGGAUUUCAGCCCUACGUGCCACGAUAUCCAGUGUAUAAGCUGGAUGGGAACGUCCCGAAAUGUUGAGGCUGUGUGGCUUCAGUGCAGAGAAUAUUUUUAUAUAACUUUUUAUGAUAAUGAAGAAAAAUGCCAAUAACUGUCAAUCUUCGCAAUUGAAUUACAAAUAUACAUUUAUUCCAUCAUU